CCCACCGGAACAAGCGGACGGAGCUCUCCCCCUUCGGCGCGCCCUGCUCCUCCCCUCCACCGGACUCGGGGACUCCCCUCGCUGUGUAUGCAAUGGGUAGGAGUUUCAGAGCGGGACACGAGAUGGAACUGGAAGAUUCUGUGGCAGAUCCUUUCAACAAAAACCAGUCCUUUGGAGGGUUGAAGCUGUAUGUAAAAGAGCUCGAUGCGAACACACUUCCACCCUUUCUCGCGCGCCUUUGUGACCCCGACAAGCCAUGCAGAUACACCGAGGAGGAGGUCUUAUGUGUGUUUGAGACUGCUGCAGAAGUCCAUGGCUGCAACAUUGUACAACAUAUCAGCCGGAUCGUUUCAACCAUCAUCAGAAUCAUGUCAUCAGCCACAGGGUCCUUGCAUAGUGUUGGUUGCUCCAAGGUGAUAUGCGCAAUAUCCCGCUAUGGCCUUGAUCCCCUGGGAACAGAACAGGAGAAAAGUGGGAUCAUUAGUUCUCUCUGCAGUCCGCUUUCUGGUUGGUUGAUGAGCAGUAAUGAGUGUGUCUCUUCUGGUUCUGCUCUCUGCGUCACUGCACUUAUCCAGUCCAACAAUUGGCAAUUUGCAUCUCAUGAGUUGAUUAAUGAUAUCUGCUUAAAAGUCUCAGGGGCACUGGAGGAGGUACACUGCCAGACUAUUUCACACUUAGGCUUGGUGGUUGCUCUAUUAAAACAGAAUUGGUUGACACUUGAGCCUUAUGGGCGGUCUUUGAUAAGAUCAGGCUUAAGUAUAUUGGAUGAGAGUACUAAAGAAAGCAAUUCUCAGAUGGUCAUAUCAUCCAUUCAAAUGAUACAUUCCAUCAUGAAGAAUUUGGAUCUGAGCAUCAUAUCUUCUGAGAUCAGUAGCAUUAUCCAAGCUAUGGAGCGACUGCAGGAUGAUUCAAUACCAGAGAUCAGCACUCCAGCUUUUCAGGCAGCCGAGACUGCUAAGAAACUCUGCAGGCAGGAAGAUUGUGGGUAUGGCAGAAGAAUUAGUCCAUUGGCAAAAUAUGGUGGAAGACAUAGCAGGAAGGGAUCAUAUUCACAUUCUGUUAUGGAUGAUGCAGAGAUAAGAGACAGUGAUUCAAAUGAAUCUCUUUCUGAUGAUGUACAAUCUGUUCAUCGUUUUAGAGACCAUGAUUCCCAACCUUCAUUGGGACAACACUCGGUUGUACCUGGAAGUGCACGGGCAAGGAGGCGACUAUGGAGUAAUGGAUCUGACAAAUCACAUCAAAUUUCUAGCGAUGACUUUUCUCACACUAUCAUACCUGAUCAUCAUGAUAUUUCUGGUGUGAUACCACAAUCUAAUUCUGCUGGUCUGCUUAAGUCACUGAGGAGGUCUUUAGAUGUGCCAACAAGAAUUGCUGAUCCAUGCCCUACGUGUUUGACACCCCAAACUACUAAUCGUUUCUCUCAGAUAUCUAGGCGAGGAAGUUUCUCAGAAGACUAUAGGAUGCAGUCAACCCCAAGGAAGCAGCUCCAGUUUUACAACUCUUGCAGCAAUUCAAAAAGAGAUACUCACAGAUUACCUGACAGCCCAGCUUUCAGACAGGUACGGCGCUGUUCAGGACAGUGUACAGAUGGUGAAGUUGCGGAAAGGAAUGGCUACUGGGAUUCCAUUCAGCAUGACAACCAAUGUUAUGUACAGAAUGAUGACACCUUGAUAGAAGACCUCAAGUUACCGACCAACGGUGAGCGUAUUGAUAAUGCAGGCGAAUCACCAAGUGCAGAAUGUCAAGCUGAGAAAGAGAAGAUGACCAGAGGCAAGAAAGGGAGCACCAACUGCGCUCGUGCUCUUCUUCUUCUCUUCAUCUGUGUUGUAGCAAUGGUCGCGCUCUUGUUAGCUUGGUGGAAGGAGGGUCAGAGGGAGCUGUAUGUUGUGCCAACUUAGUGGCAUCAUCUGUCUGAAAGGCGAUUGUUCUGUGAUAUGUGCAUUGGCUUUCUGCAAUCGUUGGACGACAGUGUAAAUGCCUAGUUAAAGUGGGGUAACUGUUUAGAAGUUGUGGCAGUUUAGUAGAAGUGAUAGUGUGAUACUGUGCUGGAUUGCACAUUCUGUAAGAAAAUGCUAUAACUAAUUCAAGAAAAAUAUUGAAUUAGUUGUAGCAUAUUCUGACAGAGUACAUGUAGCUUUUGUGGCAGAGACAU